GGGCGGCGGUGCGUGGGCCCGCGUGGCUGCAGUGUGUGCGCGUGUGCGCGCGCAUGUGUGAGUGAGAGAUUCCCGUAUAAAAGGCGCAGCGUCGCUUCUCCUCUCUCUCACUGUCCGCCGCCUCACAGCAGCAGCAGCUCUCCCUCUCUCUCUCCCUCUCUCUCUCUCUGUUUCCCGUUCCUUCUCCAGCUCUCUCUAUCUCAGCGUUCGCGUUGUGAUCCCUCCUGUCUCUCAAACUCCUGUCCAUGGUUCUGACCGAAGCCACCAACAUGUCUCGAGCCGACGAGGUGCACCGUAUAACGGAGAACGUGUACAAGUCCAUCAUGGAGCAGUUUAACCCCUGCUUGAGGAACUUUGUGUCGAUGGCGAAGACGUAUGAGAAGGCUCUCUCCAGUGUGACAUUUGCAGCAAAAGGCUACUUCGACGCUCUGGUGCGGAUGGGCGAACUGGCCAGCGAGACUCACAGCUCUAAGGACCUUGAAGAAGCUGCGUGGGAUGUGCUCUUUCAGAUGGCCGAAGUCCACAGACAGAUCCAGAUGCAGUUAGAGGACAUGCUGAAAUCCUUCCAUAAUGAGCUGCUCACAGAAUUGGAGAAGAAAGUGGAGCUGGAUGUCCGAUAUUUAAAUGCAGCUCUGAAGAAGUACCAAAUGGAGCACCGGAGCAAAGGAGAGAGUCUGGAGAAGUGCCAGGCAGAGCUGAAGAAGCUGCGAAGGAAGAGCCAAGGCAGCAAGAACCCUUCCAAGUACGGAGACAAAGAGAUGCAGUACGUGGAGGCCAUCAGCAGCAGGCAGAGUGAGCUGGACAGCCACAUCGCAGAGGGCUACAAAAAUGCCCUGUCUGAAGAGAGGAGGAGGUACUGCUUCCUGGUGGACCGACAGUGCGCCGUGGCCAAGAGCAGCAGUGCCUACCACACCAAGGGCAAAGACCUGUUGACCCAGAAGAUUCCACUAUGGCAGCAGGCAUGUGCUGAUCCCCACAAGCUCCCUGACCGGACUGUCCUCAUGACCCACCAGAUGGGCGCUGGGCCUGGGGGACCACACCAUAUCUCCGAGCCUAUUCCUGGAGCCAAACCCCUAUCAGUGCCCCCUGAACUGGCCGCUCUCAUGAGCAGCCAGCAGAGGAUGAUGGGAGCAGAGAGUGGUUCCAUGUUGAACGGCACAGCUGGGGUUCAUGGAGUGGAGGACUAUCAGCACUGGAUGGACAGCAAAGCUGCACAGGCCAAAACUGUCUCACCACAGGUGCACCGCCACGGCAGCGACAUCUACUCCAACACUCUGCCUGUCCGUAAAGUUGCACCCAUUAAGAGCAAGAGCACUUUGGCAGAGACCCAGACACUGCCCAGGUCAAGCUCAAUGGCGGCAGGACUGGAGAGGAACGGGCGGACCCGUGUCCAGGCCAUCUUCUCACACACGGCUGGAGAUAACAACACCCUGCUUAGCUUCACUGAGGGGGACAUUAUCACACUGCUGGUGCCUGAAGCACGGGACGGCUGGCACUAUGGAGAGAACGAGAAGAACAGGAUGCGAGGAUGGUUUCCCUUCUCCUACACCAGACUGAUUCCUGAAACAGACACUAGCAGACUGCAUGUCAGUUUGCACCAUGGCAGAAGCAGCAGCACAGGGAACCUUCUGGAGAGAGAACCUGUCACUAUUCCGUCUCCUGAUUAUGGCUCUUCCUCUCGGCUAAUGGCACAGACUGCCUCGCUGAGCAGACAAAGACCAUACAGUGUGGCGGUUCCAGGAUUUUCACAGCAAGGACUUGAGGACUACGAGGCCCGCUUCCAAACAAGCCUCUCCCUCUCUUUGUUCCACAGUUCGGAGGGCAAAUUGAUAUCGACAGUGUGAGAGGACAGACAGACACACAGGCACUCCUCUGCAUAGGACAGGCACCAUCCCUCCUCCUUCCCUCACUCAUUCACUCCUCUUCUGUCCCUCACUCGUCCAUCCCGCUUUUCACCCUACCCACUAAAGAAGAGGAUGAAUACCCAUCUUUUCCCUUCCUCGUACCUCCCUUUUCUCCUUAGCUCCUAUGCUUCCCCACUGGGUAGAUGCCUGGUGGUCAUGGAACCAUGCUAAAGGAACCAGAACGCAGAAUAUUCCGGGUUGACCAUCCUCAGAAAGCCUCCGGCCUUGAGGACAGUCUUGAGUGUCUGCUUUUAACGAGCUCACUGAAAUGGACUUCUCGGAGAAACUGUGUAUAUGUAUCUCUUGCUUGUCUUUCAUGCAUGAACUGGUUUUCAGUGUUGGUUCUUGGGUUACAGAUAUAGACCAAAAACUAUAAAUGCACCAAAUGAGUGUAGUUGAGGCUGCAGUACUGAGUAGAUCAGUUUGAAGCCUAGUUAUAAUAAAAAUACAUGUCUGUGGACAACCGAUGUAACUCAUGGUGCUGGAUUGCGCCAACUUAAUUGGCUUACGUAUUGUUUUCUUCCUUCCACAUGGUAAUGUUUAUUUUUAUUUUGUUAACUUUCACUGGCUAACAGUAGGCUUGUUGUCUCUCAGACAAUGUUGACCAUGACACUAUUGCUCUCUACUUUGAGUUCAGCCUUCACAUGUCAUUAGAUUGUUUUUGAAAUUUCUCACGCUUUUUCGUUCCUGCAGAUACCUGCAGAAAUCCAAUUAUGAUCAGAUUAUUGAGUGCAUGUAAAUGCCCUGAUUGUCAUUACCCUAUCACGUCAGGCCCUGCAAGACUAUUUGAAGCCAUGCACUUCAAAGUUUAAGUGAAAUGUCAGGUAGCAAGACAAACUUUGUCAAGCAGGCUUUUUAACCUCUUAAAUGACCAGGACUCACCAGCAGGUCCAAAGUUUUAUUACACAUUUCUAUAACCUAAGAAUUACCCAAAAAAUUUACAUUGUAGUCCGUGUGAUUACUAAAUAAUAAUCAUUAAGCCUGGCAUUUUAAGGGGUUAAACUAAGGUUCUUUAUUUUGGAAAGAAUGAAGCUUAUUCCAAAUGUGCUUUAAUCCUUACAUAAACUCAGUGUGAUCAUUUAUUUGUUUAUAAAAGUGACAACUCCUAUCAGUACAAACAAGAUUUUUCUAAUUCUUCGAAGAAUAAUUAGUUGAUACAUCAAUGAUUAUAUGAAGGAAAUUACUGUUUAUAUUGUUUCCAAAAUCCAAAAAAUAUAUUCACUUGGCUGACCAACAUUGAAUCAAAAUGAUGAUAUCAGGCUACAUGCUAAAUGCUGCACAAACAUGACAAAAGUUGAUAGAUGCCAAAGUCUGUCCAUGCAUGAAGGAAAAGACAACCGGUACCUCCACAUAGUCCAAUAUGUAGUUCCCUAAACAUAUCCAUUACUAGCCAAAGUCCUGUGACGUCCUGAUUUAAAACAAGUAAUGUCUUUUUGUUAAUGUGUGCUGACAAGUUGAUGUUUUAGGUCCUGAUCUGAUCUUAAUUUUAUGGGAAUCAGUGCCUCUUGUACAUAUUUACAUACAUUCAGUUUGUAAAUACAAUAAGCUAAGGUGUCUAUCCUGUGGUCAAGGAUCACAAAGCCUAUACUAUUUUUUAUGGGUGGUCCAUUAUUUACUUUUAUUAAUGCCAAACCAUGUUUGUAUUAUUCCUCUGUGCUGAACAUAAUCUAUAUUCAACAAUCACAGAUUUUGCAAACUAUUUAUUGCAAUAAACAAGGCAGAUAAUAAUAAUUUUUGUAUAGUAUUAUGAAGUUUCCUAGCUCUCUGACCUAAUGAGAGUGACUGGCACUUUAUACACAUUAUGAAAAGAAGGAAAAGAAAUAAGCCUGUUUAUCUUUGAUUUGAUGCUUGACCAUGAAGCUGGUCCUCUUUACAUUUAGCCUUCUGGUAGCUAUGGUGUUCUAAUAGAACAUUUGUGUAUGAAAAAAAAUAUGUUCUUGGGCUCAUUUGAGGUCCUGAUGUAAUCUAGAAGUAAAACAUAUUCUGCUUGUCCACUGUGUGGUGUCUGUGGAUGAAUAAUAAUUGUCAGCCUGUACUGUGGUGAGGUUUUCUCUUUUGUACCAAGUAACUAGGUAAUGAGCUAUGCACCGUUGUGAUGAUUAGCACUGUGCGCACCUUUGAAGACCACAGAGUUCUUACUCUUCUCCCUGUAGACUACACAGCAAUUUACAGUUUUGUUUUGUUUUUUCGCUCGUUCUCCUCCUCCCAGCACAGCCAGACUCUUCACAGUCUGCUCCCGCUGAGUGUGUUUCCUACUUGCUGGUGUGAUUUCAAACUUGAAACAUCUCACGCUUAGUCAUGAGACAUAAAAGAAAGUCCACUGGGCUGCAAAAAUGUUGCAUGUUAGAAAAGGGUCCUCAGUACCUCAAAACCCCCCUCGAAAACAAGCUCUCUUCACCAGCCGUGUCUGUCUCUCCUCCUCCUGUUGUCUUCUUGCCUCUCUGUUCGUCUUUAUCUAUGUGUGACAAAACUAAGCUUUCCUUUGUUGUUUUUUUGCCAACCCUGUCCAUCUCUGUUUUGAUAAAUUUAGAGACAAAAGCAGUAAGGUGUCAACGACUGGAAGCUGCCAGUGUUUCUUCUUUCUGCAUUAAAAUAAGGCCAAGGUAUGACUGCCACGUUCGCUGGGUAGAUCUCCUCAGUCCUUGUCGCCAAAUGGAAUCUCUGCACCAACUCAAUUUGUCUUUGUGUUUUGGAACACUAGCAUUUUGGAUGUAAAGAUGUAAAAUCAAAUAAAAUAAUAAACUCUCAAUAAUGUACAGAGGAAAAUAUAUAUAUAUAUAUGCAUGCAUUUUGGGGGGCACCAAGACCAGUGUAACGUUGCAAGAAUAACCUCAAAUGUGUGGUGACUUUCUACUUUGAAAAGCUAAAUAAAACUCUGUCUUCAGAUGAAA